AUGGCACAUAGGAAUUGUUUUGAAGCUGUUGACCGCACGUUACGAGAUAUACUACAAAUUGAAGAUCCUCAAAAUGCUGAAAAACCUUUUGGUGGUAAAGUUGUAGUUCUAGGGGGUGAUUUUCGACAAAUACUUCCAGUUGUGAGAAAGGGAAGACAAGAAGAUAUAGUCCAAUCCUUAAUUAGCAAGUCAUAUCUAUGGAAUGAUUGUAAUGUCUUUAAACUCCAAACAAAUAUGAGGCUUCUACAGAACAGUAUGAGUGGAAUAGAAACAUCAUCUAUAAAGGACUUUAGUGAGUGGAUUCUUAAAAUAGGUAAUGGUGAAUUGGGAGAAGGAGAUGGGGAUUACAACAUUUCAAUUCCAAGUGAUUUGAUUAUCCAACCUUCAAAGAAUCCAAUGCAAGAUAUUAUUGACAACACAUAUCCAGGUUUGGAAAAUAAAUACACAGAUCCAAGUUGCCUACAGGAUAGGGCAAUUCUUGCCCCUACAAAUGAAGUUGUAGAAGAACUCAAUGACUAUAAUGUGUCAUCCUUAAAUGGAGAAGUUCAUGAAUAUCUAAGUUCAGAUUCUAUAUGCAAGGCUUCUUCAAAUGUUCCUGACCAAGAUCUCCUGUAUACUUUUGAAUUUUUGAACACAUUGAGGUUUCUAGGAUUGCCAAACCAUAAACUGACAUUAAAAAUAGGUUUGCCUGUAAUGUUGCUUAGAAACUUGAAUCAGAAUGAAGGUCUUUGUAAUGGAACAAGAUUCAUUAUAACAAGAUUGGCUACAUGGGUGAUAGAAGCAGAAAUCAUAACUGGCACUAAUAUAGGCAAACGUGUGUUCAUUCCAAGAAUAACAUUAUCUCCAAGUGAUUCAAAAUGGUCAUUCGUUUUAAAGAGACGACAAUUUCCAAUUUCAGUGUGCUUUGCAAUGACUAUAAAUAAAAGCCAAAGACAAUCAUUGAAACAUGUUGGAGUGUAUUUGCCAAAACCUGUUUUUAGUCAUGGGCAAUUGUACGUUGCAGUGUCUAGAGUUACAAGCAGAAAUGGCCUAAAAUUCCUCAUCAUUAAUGAUGACACUGAAAAAAAGUCUGAAACAAAAAAUAUUGUGUAUAAAGAAGUUUUUACCAAUCUUUGA